AUGGCGGCGGGCUUGGACAACACGAAGCUCAUGGUGACGGGCAUCAUCAUGAGCGUCCUCGCGUCCCUCAUCUUCUUCACCCACGUCUAUCUCGCCGUCAUCCGAAAGCGCACCUUUUCGUGGGAAGAUGGGUGGCUGACGGCAGCUUGGUUGGUCUUUAUUGCGGUCACCAGUCUAUACCUCAACGCUGGGCCCAUCAUAUUCCGAUUGCAAGAUGUCUCCGAGGGCAAAAUCGAACCGUACGCGACAGUCAUGGACGAUUCCCUGGUUGUGCAAAAGGCUUUCUUUGUCGUCCCCUCUGUUCUUUGGAUUUGCUUGUGGCUCAUCAAGGCGUCGUUGCUCUGCUUGUACAAGCGCUUGAUGGCUGGUUUGAAGACGUACAUCAUUUUCUGGUGGAUUGUUGUCUUCAUCUGCGUUGUGACUCUCGCCCUUGCUAUUACCUCUUCCAUGUUGUCUUGCUCGAGCAUGACCGCCUGGUUCACGUCUGGGGCCUGCGGCACACCACGCGACGUCCACGCAGCCUACAUCAGCUUGUGGUACUCUUAUUCCGUCGAUGUGUUUACUGAUCUUUUGGUCAUGUGCCUCCCCCUCGGUCUCAUUUGCAACCUCCAGAUGCAUUGGAGACGCAAGAUCACAAUUGGCGCUCUCUUCGGCCUCGGAUGGGUCUGCAUUGCCGUUUCCACGAUCCGUGCAACCUAUCUGGGCCACGACAAUGUUGCUGAACAGAAAUUCAAGCGGCCCUCGACCUCUUGGCUCGCACUUUGGGGUAUCGUCGAAGCUGCCAUUGCCGUCAUCAUUGGGUGCGGACCCGGUCUCUACCGCGAGGCCAAGGUUCUCAAAUCUGGUGGCCGUCUCACCUACAACCAGAACUACGACUACAACCCGGGCGGUGGCUACAUCAAGGCCACGAGCGGCCGAUCUCGCAACAAGUAUGAAGAUGGGACGCUGAACGACAACGAGAUGAUGAACUGCCCACGUGCGACUGCGCAGAUCAACAACCCCAGCGACAGUGAGGAGGACCUGUUCCCCCAACGUGGCGGCAAGAACAUUAGGGUGACGACGUCGGUCGUGGUCAGUCAAAACGAAGACCAGGCACACGCAAAAUAG